CCAGCAAAAAUAAUGAAAACAAUGACAAAUGUCAUAGCGGCGAAUAGACGUGCAAAAGAAAAAAUAGCAAAAACUACAAACAUAUACGAGAAAAGUACAAGUUUUUUAAACGUUUACAAUUAAAAUUCAAUAAAAACUCUUCAUAUUUUUAUAAAAAUUAAAUAAAAACCAAUUGUUUAUAAUAAAACCUCAAAAUGGCUCUUGUCAAACCCAAAUCUGAGUUGACUCCCGAAGAAUUGGCACGCCAAGAAGAAGAGGAAUUCAAUACUGGUCCCCUAUCAGUGCUCACACAAUCUGUGAAAAACAAUACACAGGUUUUAAUCAAUUGCCGCAACAAUAAAAAACUAUUGGGCAGAGUAAAGGCCUUCGAUCGUCACUGUAAUAUGGUAUUGGAGAAUGUUAAAGAAAUGUGGACGGAAAUACCACGUACAGGAAAGGGCAAAAAGAAGGUAAAACCAGUUAACAAAGAUCGUUUCAUAUCAAAAAUGUUCUUACGAGGCGACUCGGUUAUAUUGGUUUUAAGAAAUCCUUUGGCCACAGCAGCUGGAAAGUAAAGGGGUGGUUAAAAAAGCCAACAGUUUUUAUAUUUAAGUAAAUGAAUUUGAGAGAAAAACUGAAAUUUUUUUAUUUUAGUUUUAUUUUACUUUGCGUAAAAAAAUAUGAAUAAAUUUUUAUUAAAAAAAA